AUGAACUAUCCCGUUGAUGCCACUGCGCUGGUUGGCAAGGUCCUCGACGGCCUUGACGAUGGCCUGCACUCUUGGCGGCGAAGUGCGGCACCAAGGUUUGUUCGCCGUUGCCUGGCAAGCUUUCGCCGGGUUUUGCUUCGUCACAACUACUCGGAGGCGGCUGCCAAGGCCCUCGUCGGUAGCCCUGCAUCACAGGGGGCCUGGCCUCGAGUCAAAGGUGAAGUGCUUGAGGCUCCACGGCGUGGAGUUGAUGUGCGCUCUGCGGCUCUGCUGGGCACAUUCCUGCUGAACGCGACCGUUGCUGCUCCCGUGCUCGAGGAGGUGCUCGGCUCCGUGCUGAUCGCUGACUUGCAGAAAUUGGGAAUACUCUGGAGGCCUGCGCUGCAAAGUGGGUGGCAGUCGACUGUUCAGCUUGCCCCAGUGGAUCUGCGAGAACCUGUCGCACGCGUCUCCAUGUUCUUCUUCGUGGACUGGGACGAGCUGCGACCGUGGCACCAGGUGAUGACAGUCACCAUUGACAGCUAUGCGCUGCUGCGAGCCCAGGCAUUGCUACCGCUGCAGGCUGCUCCAAAACGUGUGCUGGAUUUGUGUGCGGGAAGUGGCGUCCAGGGGCUCUAUGCCGCGAAGCGCUUCGCUGCUGCUGCCACACUCGUGGAUCUGAACCCGCGUGCACUGCGCUUUGCGAAGGCGAACGUUCUGCUGAACCAAGUGUCCAAAGUGACUCUUCAUCACGGCAACCUCUUCGAGGCAUUGCCAAAUCGGUGCCGUGACGAAAUUGCCAGGUAUUCCCCGAUGCUAGACUGCAGCCACGGAAGAUUUGAUUUGAUCUUGGCGAACCCACCGUACGUGGUGGACAAAUGUUCGUUUCUGGAGGUGAUCGAGGAGAAGAUGCUCACACCUCAGGCCGGCCGCACUUUGGCGGAGGCCUUGGCUUUGGGUGGGCGACUCCUCCUCGUGGCAAACCUGGCCAACGUUGACGGCCGGCAGCUCAAGCAGCUGUGCAACCGUGUUGCGGUUCAGAUUGCCACCGCCCGUUUCUCCAUCCUCAUUUUGGGCUUGGCGCUAGCGUUGGCUUUGGCCCUUGCUGUGGCAGUGCCCAAGGGCCUGCUAAAUGUCAUCACGUCCUUGCUGGCCACAGCGCUGCUACUGAGCGCUUCCUACGUUGAUGUGCUGGACGAGGGUGGACCACUUCAGUGGGAGACUAAGUGGAAGCCUGCGGAGGGAGUUACCCACAAAAACGUGGAAGUGCUGGCCGAGGCGAGCCAAGCAUGGAUUGGCGAAACACUCUCGGUCGUCCUGCCCUGCGCAUAUGAGGGGGCUUAUGCUUCAAGGACUGUGGAAUCCAUUUGGUCGCACACGGCCAAAGACCGUUUGGCCGAGAUCAUUGUUGUGGACGAUGGUAGCGUCCCCAAGCUGGAACUGACGCUGCCAUCACCUCUUCGAGUGUCCUCGGAGACCCCCGGUCUCCGCGGCCAGAGCUCGCCGACUCCGACUAUUCGGCUGCUGAGGCACGAGAAGACCUUGGGCCUCAUCGCUGCCAAAAAAACAGGUGGCGAUGCCGCGCUCGGUGAUGUUAUUGUCUUCUUCGAUUGCCACGUGAAGCCCAGAGAUGGUUGGGAGGAGGCAUUCUUGAAGCAGAUGCACCGUGCAGGGGAUCAUCGAACACUGGUUGUGCCGACGAUCACGGCUCUUGACCCGGACACGUGGGAAGAGAAUGCAGCUUCGUCCAGCCAAGCAUGCUACAUGACCUGGAAUGCCGACUUUACUUGGCUGCAAAGCCCGGGACGGGAUGUGCCUGUGAUGAGUGGAGGACUGCUGGCAAUCAGCAAGCGAUGGUGGGAAGAAACUGGUGGCUAUGAUGAUCACAUGAUUGCAUGGGGAGGCGAGAACAUAGACCAGUCACUCCGCAGCUGGCUUUGCGGCGGUCGCAUUGAGGUGGCAGACGGGGCUUUCGUGGCACACAUGUGGCGUGACCCGAACAACCCCAAGACGCAGCUCAAGUACACCAUGCGCACAGAAGAUGUCAUGCGAAAUAAAGCUCGAGCAGUUUCCGGCUGGCUUGGCCCAUACGCAAACAAGACCUUUACUUUUCCAGAGUACAAUGCCUUUUUCAACGGGGAAAACAGCAUCGGAGACUUAAGCAAUUUCGAGCAGCUGCGGCAGAAGUUGAAGUGUGCCCCAUUCUCUGCGUACUUGCAUCGCUUCUCUUACAUCUACGUGGAUGGUGGAUUGAUCCCCCAAAGAGUUUUCCAGAUCCAAGAAGUAUCCUCCGGCCUCUGCUUGGAGAGGGAGGCGAAGGAAGGCCGCAGUCAUGGAAUCGUUCUGAGCCCGUGUGUGGGCGUGGAUGGGAACCAGGGUGUGCUGGACACCCAGCUGUGGCAUCCGGGGAAUCGAGACCGGAAGAAAGAAGGAGGCCCUUGCUGUGGCGGCCUGCUGAACUGGAAUUUCCUGCAAUGUUUGGCUUCGCAUGGUUUUCACAGCGAGCUUUUCACCGAAGAGUGUGUCAUCUCUGGUCACAGUGUACACCAGGAGUUCCAUGUACCCGAGGAUGGCGAAGGGCCAUUGACUUGGCGCGAAGAGAUGUGUGCACUGCCAGAGGUGAAGAGCCAGGAACAGACGCCGGGAGAGCUGGCACUUCAAUCCUGUGCUGUGCGGGUGCAACAACAAGCGACCGGCUUCACUUUGCAGGUUGAGCGCGAAGAUGGACGUACGUGCGUUACAGCGAAGGUGGCUACAAGCAGCACUGAGUGGCACAUGGACUUGGCUCCGUGCCGUGACGACGACAACUUGCAAAUCUUCGUGGCAGAGGAUCUUCCAGAUGAGUCAGUGCGAGUGAAACUGCUGAACACGGAUUUGUGCUUGGAUUCGUCAGCCGGCAAUCAGCUGGUGCCAUAUCCGUGCUAUGCAGACAGCCAAGAGAACCCAAAUCAAGCCUGGAAAAUUCAAAGGUCGCGCUUGGUUUGGGAAGACGCCAUCCAAAGUGUGUGCGUCGAUGCGCCAGUCCCUCCUGGUAACUUAAGACUUCGCAAGCUGCCGCCACAGCCGAUUUGGACACUCGCUCCAUGUGUUGACAAAGUCGGCCAACGUCUACAUAAAGAGGACAUGAAACCUGACGGGACGUUCUUGCUGAAAGAUGCGGACGCUGGAAGGUGCCUGGCUGCUCGCAAAGUGAUGUCUUUGGAGACUCCGCUGGCACUGUCACCUUGCAAUGAUCGGCAGCGCUUUCGUGAGCUGAAAGAGCGAAAUCAAGUCCAGCAUGUCUCCACAGGCUACUGUGUUGAUGCUGGCAAUGAUGCACCUAUUCUGUACCCAUGCCAUGAGCCCAAGGCGCUUCGGAAACAGCGUUUCGAAGUGAAAGACACACCAGGUUGGCUUCAGCUAAUGAGAGGUUGGGAGGAUAAUGGCCGGAAGCGCUUCUUCGAACGCUGCUUCGACCGCCAGCCACAGCCACCGACGAGAGUCGUGGUGCGCAAAUGCGAGGAGGUUGAAGCCAAGGGCGUGAAAUGGCGACGCAUCAACUUCCAAGAGCUCUGGCCGAGAUAUUUAGGGAGCCUUUCGAUUUGCAAUUCCUGUAUCUGGAGUCCGAAGUUUGAAAAGUCUUUUACUGUCGGAGUUUAUUUGACAGUGGAUCCGACCUGUGCGGAAAUGCAACCGAAGGACACGCCUGAGUGGCAUCUUUGGCGGAAUGCUCCAGUCCCAGUGCAGCCACUGGGCGGUGAUCUGUGCUGCCAAGACAACGCUACGCCGACCACGUGCGCAUUGCUCGGAGGCAUCGCGAUGGAGGUCAUCGAGGUCAUGUGGAACAUUUGCCGGUGGAGAGCGUCGCAAAACGCAGUCGCGACUGGCGUCGAACAUCCAAGCUGGGCACUGGCAGUCACGGGCUCGCGGGGCACUGCAGUGCAGGCAAAUGAUGUGAAGCUCGACAUGCUCCACGGCGAUGUGUGGACCCCGGAGGCCUAUGCUGCAGGAUUCAUCGGCACUGACAUAGCUCGGGCCAGCUUCCGACGAUUGCUGCGAAGUUCCGGCGUGACGUCGAUGACAAAUGGCUUCGUGUUCGUGGAAGCACUUGGAGAACUGGGCUCUGACGUGAGGUUUUGUUGCAAAGUUCAACUUCACGAGGAAGCUUCUUUCUCCGUCAGCCUGAAAAUCAGCGCUCAAUUUCUGCAGCCAGCGAUUACUGUCGAGGCACAGUCCUUUGACCUCUCAACUUGUUGCGCUACGGCAACACAGGCCGCAAGCAAGAUCACCAAGAUCCGCUUCGCUUCACUUGUCCGUACCAACCAUUUGCGCUGUUGCCCGCUCUUGGCUUGGUCCGGACGGUCCAGCCGCCAGGCUGUUGGAACCAUCGUUUUUGGCUGCGAGCCGCAGGUCGUCGGCGUAAGUGCUUGUAGCUUGCUGGCCAUGUUGCGCUGUCAAUGUGAAAUUCAUGAUCCCAGCGCAGCAGGUCUCAUGAGCUCGCUUGCUUUCUCGGCAGUGGAUGCCUUACGCUACUUCCCAGAGUCAGUGUUCGAUGGCAUGGAUCAGGCUCCCAUGCGGAUCGAUGCUAUGAACGACGAGCUCUUCAUUGCAGACACGGACAAUCAUCGGGUGCUGCGGGUCAGCACAAGCCCGAGCAAUUCCUCAGUCGAGGUAGUUGCUGGUACUACAGGCAUCGCUGGCUGUCGGCCUGAGCAACUACGAUCGCCACAAGCUGUUGCCACGGACAGCAGCGGGUUCUUGUAUGUGGCUGACACGGGCAAUCACCGGAUCCAGAAGUUUGCGGUGGCUGCAGGCGACCGGAUCGGUCUAACCGUGGCUGGUGAGUGCUGCUGCCCCUCCGUGGACGGAGGAGGCAUUCCAUUGGGUGGGCCCGGUCUUCACGAGUUGGACGGUCCCAGAGGGCUCGUGAUUGAUGUUGCCACUGGCGCUCUUGUGGUCGCCGAUACAGGCAAUCGGAGGGUGCUAGCUUUCGGAGGUGUCGGACACGAACAGCGACGAGCGCCCGGCGCUAGCUGUGCGUACGGAGUGAGCUGUUCGGUGCGGCUAUUCGGUGCCGUUGCAUUGUCGGCCCAGCAGAGCCAAGUGGUCAUCGUCAAGCGGGACGUGGCAAGCCCGAGCAGCA